AUGUGUCUCUGCCCGGAAGAAUUCUCCUUUAAACGUCUCAGACUGUCACAUCCUUACUCCAGUGCAUUUACAACUUCGCCGGUGAGUUGAACAGUGGUUUAGAAUAAGUUACAUGAGUGUAGUUCUUUGAGGAACACUGGACAUGAUUUGCAUUGGGAAUUGCUUGAGGGAUAUUUUCAGUUACUACUACAUGGACACUAAGAAUCGUAGAACGGCUAGUAAUUUCAAUAGUCAUUCUUCCAUCCUUAUAGAUUCUUCAUUUUGUGGCAUGAACCGCUUUUUCGAUAUCUGAACAGAUUAAUACUUAAGAUUCAGAAAACACCCAGCAUUAUUCAAACUCAUAUUGGAAAUAUGAUAAUAAACGCUAAGCAACACAUAGUUUUGAAAGGACUAGGCUCAAAUAACUCGUCUCUCCAUAGCUGUGUUAAUGACUAAAGUUUUCUUAUUAGUUUGAACUAGUUCGCUAAUAAUCUAUCGGGCACAUUGCCUUUAUAAACACUCCACCUGUGGCGCCCGCCAAAACCUCGAGACCAAUGCUUAUAAUUAUGCGAAUGGCGUGCUGUCACGCGCGUUAGUCGCGCUUUGCUCUGCAAAAUCGACAAUAAAUCGAGGUGAAUUUAAUGUCCAACAUUUAGUGUUCGUGGCCCUUAAGAGAACUGAAAUUAAUUUUAAUCAGUACAUAGAAAAAAGGUAAUAUCAUAUAGAAUUAGUAAUAAGUCAGAAGCAUUUUAUACUUAAACACUGUAAACAAACAAACAGAAUUUGCAUCUGUUUAACUACAUCAAUCGGUGAUGUGUGCAGAGCUGUACAGUUUUUGAAAACAUGUCAGUCUUUCCCGAUUCUUACCUCACAAAAGUACAGGAAGUAUCUAUAUUAUGCCAGGAAUAUAUAAAUUAUCUUUGACUUUUCAAACGAUACUAAAGCAACUAAAAUUUGCAUUUGUUUAAGCGUAUCAUGCGCAAGCAUUAAAAGCACUUGUCAAAGGGUUUUUCGCAUAGAAAGUACAUUGGCCCAUGUUCUCUUAUUGCUCUGUGGCAGGGAAAGAUAUAUGAUCUCAGUAAGAAGAAAAAACAAAUGUUCGUGUACUUAAUUUUAUGUACAUCAGCGCCAGCAUUGACGGUUUCGAUAUUUACCGAUUCAUAUAGGGGGAAAGUAAAAUGUCAAAAAAAAAUUAUGUACAAUCAAUUUAUUCCAAUUUGAUUAUUAAACAAGCAAAUAAAAAGUUACAUUUUUGUUGAACUGUGUGCCGGAAAGAGCAUUACAUAUGAAAUACCUUUUAUCAACAGUAUUAAACUGAGAAUGAAACGACAAAAGCUAAAGAAAUGGAGCAUUUUUCAUUUGCAUUUAUGUCGGUUGUAAAAUAGAGCCAUGUCGUCUUAUUAGAGAUCUUUCACAUAACUCCAGCUAGAGCCACUAUAGUUCAAAAGCCCACUAAAUAUGCAAAACUGACGCGGGGUGUUUUCCCAUGGGUAAUGUUUCCUUUAUUUGCGGCAGGCACCAAUAGAACCAUUAAAUAAAAGACGAAUUGUGUGACAAAAAGCUUUUAUCUUCGCUUACAAAUACUAUCAACUGAAAAAAAUGAACAAAAGGAAAUUGGCAGCUCCAUAUUUCGCAUGUUUAGUCCUCGUCGCUAUUUAUCUAGGAUGCGUUCUAUUUUACUCAUCAUUUUCACAGCCUUGCCAUAUCUUCAUGUGCGCCAUGUGGGCCUCCUCCGACAUCCGCUGUCGUUUCCUUGAGACCUUUUUUUUAGGUUUGUCCUGUUUUGGCUUAGGCGGUGUGGGAGAUCUUGCCUGUGCGUCGAAAAGAUCAUUUACAUAGUUUGUGGAUCUUUCUACGAUUGUGACUCAUUAGCAUAUGGUGUUGGAGUUAUGUGAAAGAUCUCUAAUACACUAGCCUGCGAAAACAUCCGCGAACCGUCCCUGUCGGCGAAGAGCGAAGAGAAACUGAUGUUUUCGCAGGCUACUAAUACACAGUAAUUCGUUUAAAAACUUUUCUGAAGCGGGGCGGGGCGGGGGAGCAUGGGGGAAUGUGACAGUUUUUACCAUGCUACAAAUGAAUCCCCCCAAGGUGUAUUAUGGGUAAUAGGCAAGCGGCGAAUAAUCGAUUUUGCUAAAUGGGAUGAAUGAAACUUAAAACCAUAUGGUUAGAAUAAAUAACGCUCAGUCUCAGUGAGUUUAACGCACAUAUAAAACAAACAGCAUUAAACAAUUAAACACUGAAGUUUGAUACUGGUUCGACGUUUUUCAAAUAUUUGAAAAAUAUUUAGUUUAAUUUAACAAACGUUUUAACGUGCAUAUAUUUUCUUUUAGUUUUGCUGAGCAUAAAAACUAUUGCAGUAGUAGCAGUCUAGAGUGAAUUUCAAGUCAAUAUUGCUAAAAUUUAAGGAUGCUCUUACUGGGAAACCGCCAUUUUGAUAGAUUGCGAGCACUCAGUCGUUUAUUUACAGUCACGGUAGACCGAGAGUAAUUUUACUUUUCGCUCGCUGGCACGGGGCUAUAAGGAAAGAAAAACGACGUUUCGUGGUCUAUGAUUUUGACUUUCCCAAAAUCCAAAAUAUUUUUAUUAGUUCCUUAUCUUUACCACUUUCACUGCUUUACUAAGUUUUACGUUUGGCUUAAAGAUUGAAAGGAUUAAGUACUGGCUCUUCUUAACUCCUUCGAUCCUAGACAAUAUUAUGGCAAGAUUGUUAGUUAUUGUUUGUCACUCAAAGUUUUAAGUUUGUGGACGAAAUCCUAUGCGGUGUUACCAUUCAAGAGAAACCACUUUGGCAGAACUUUUGCACUGUGCUUUUUAUUUAGUAUGUUGUUCAAACGUUUAAGUCUGUGGAUGAAAUCCUAUUGUGUUACUAUUCAAAUGAAACCUCUUCAGCAUGCAUAGUACUAUUGCUUUAGCAUGUAGUUCUAACUUUUGAGUCUGUGGAUGAAAUCCUAUGAUGUGACCAUUCAAAUGAAAUCUCUUUAGCAAUACUUUCACAUGGUACUAUUUAUUAAGUAUGUAGUUCUAACUUUUGAGUCUGUGGAUGAAAUCCUAUGGUGUUAUACCAUUCAAAUGAAAACUUUUUGGUGGAACUUUUGCAUAGUACUAUUUGUCAUUUCGGAUUAUACAAAACAAAUUUGACUUUUUUUGGAGGGGGAAGUGCUUUGCUUACUAAAAACCAUUACCAUCAUCAUCAGUGCUGUCAAGUACUAUGGCUGCCCUCUUCGUCGCCAUCAUCAUCAUCAUCAUCUUCAAAGUAGUUACUGUCGCAAUCAAAAUCAUUAUCAUCAUCAUCAUCAUCACCAUCAUCAGCGACUUCCAUCAUUUUUAGCCCAGCGCAGCAACGAGCCUCAACAUACCUAGGAUGUGUAGAUUUAUGUUUUACCUUUUUUUUUCUUUCAGUGGCUGCCACUUCCUCUGUUUCUCUUUUACCGCUUGGUCGCCGCUUUUUAUUUCCUGUCAUGGCUAAUCUACAGUGGCUUCAAUGACGGCGGCUAUUGGUUCAUUUACCUCAGCAACUGGGUCUUCACUGUCGUAANUUGCAUAGUACUAUUUGUCAUUUCGGAUUAUACAAAACAAAUUUGACUUUUUUUGGAGGGGGAAGUGCUUUGCUUACUAAAAACCAUUACCAUCAUCAUCAGUGCUGUCAAGUACUAUGGCUGCCCUCUUCGUCGUCAUCAUCAUCAUCAUCAUCUUCAAAGUAGUUACUGUCGCAAUCAAAAUCAUUAUCAUCAUCAUCAUCAUCACCAUUAUCGGCGACUUCCAUCAUUUUCAGCCCAGCGCAGCAACGAGCCUCAACAUACCUAGGAUGUGUAGAUUUAUGUUGUACUUUUUUUUUCUUUCAGUGGCUGCCACUUCCUCUGUUUCUCUUUUACCGAUUGGUCGCCGCUUUUUAUUUCCUGUCAUGGCUAAUCUACAGUGGCUUCAAUGACGGCGGCUACUGGUUCAUUUACCUCAGCAACUGGGUCUUCACUGUCGUAACCGCUCAUUUCCUGCUGGCAAUGUUCAUUACCACACACUACUGCUGCGGGGCGGGGGUCGAAGCCGAUCCGGCGGGCUUCGGACCUCGCCGCUUCAAGUCCGAAACUUACAUCGUAGGACUGUCUUCUGAAGACGAAGGCAACGAAUCCAAGGAACAGUCGUACGUUAAAGCCAAAGAUGAAGACGAUGAUUUGUCACUUUGGACCAAGGUAUCUUGGGUAAUCUUCACCAUAGCAAGUGUCAACAGCCUGGUGAUUACCGUCGCUUACUGGGCAGCAGUGUACACUCCUGGUGAGGAGAUCGACGGCGUGAGUGUAAAUGAACACAUCCUGGCAGCGGUCUUCAUGUUGAUUGAAGUAACAAUCAGCAAUAUCCCAGUUCGCCUUUUGCAUUUCAUUUAUUCUCAUGUUUUCGCAUCCAUCUAUAUGCUUUUUACCGUGAUUUACUGGGGUGCAGGAGGAAGAGAUAAAGAUGGCAAUCGCUACAUUUACAGAAUGCUUAAUUAUCAGGAACAGCCAGGAACCGCAAUCCUCGUUGUGUUUCUUACCCUGAUCAUUUUGCAAAGUGCAGUGCAUCUGUUCCUUUUCGCGUUGUUCAGAUUUAGAGCAUGGUUGAUUUCUAAAUAUCCGCAGUAA